UCUCUGAGGAUGCCGGCGGUGCCCAGCGCCAGAGUCGUUUUCAAAUGCUUGUCUGUCCUCAUAAAGCUGACCUGCAUAGCCUGGGUUGGCACCAGCGCUGUGCUGGCGUGCGUUUGUACCUGUAAGGGUGACCGAACAGGUUACCGAUGAUGAGUGCCAGUGGAAGGGGCCCUUCUACUUCAUCCAAGGAGCAGAUCCUCAGUUUGGACUGAUGAAAGCUUGGACAUGUGGAGACACUGAUAAUGGAGAUGAUGAAUGGGGAGAAGAAAUCAAAUUAGCAGAGCAAGCAGUGCAGGCCAUUAACAAGCUAAACCCAAAACCCAAGUUCUUUGUCUUGUGUGGAGACCUUGUCCAUGGAAUGCCAGGAAAUCUUUCCCAGAGAUUUAAUGUGCAAACUUGCACAUUUGCAGUUGCUGUGCAGCUGAUUCAGCCCGGUGCCCUUUGCAGGAGUCAGACUGCUCUGCUCGUGUUUGAUACGUCAGAGACGAACUCGCUUGGUCACAUCUCAGUGCCUGAGUUGUUGGGAGGUUGGAGAUUUGCUGCUGGAACCCUGUGGAGAAAAAACCAAGUGCAAGAUUUAAAGAACGUUCUGAAGAACACUGACCAGGACAUACCACUGGUGUUUGUCAGUGGGAAUCACGAUGUUGGGAAUUCUCCAACAAGAGAAACAAUAGAUGAUUACUGCAAGAACUGGGGAGACGACUACUUCAGCUUUUGGGUUGGAGGUGUUUUCUUUCUUGUGCUGAAUUCUCAGUUAUUCUUUGAUUCUUCCCAAUGCCCUGAGUUGAAGGAAGCCCAGGAUGUGUGGCUGGAUGAGCAGCUGGCUGUUGCUGAAAAGCAGAAAUGCAAGCACAUUAUUGUAUUUCAGCACAUCCCUCUGUUUCUGAGUACACCCGAUGAAGACCACGGUUAUUUCAACUUGGAGAAAUCAGUUCGUGAAGAGAUAAUGGAAAAGUUUCAUAAAGCAGGCAUUAAAGCUGUAUUUGCUGGGCAUUACCACAGGAAUGCUGGAGGGUCCUACAAAGGACUGGAAAUGGUGGUUUCAUCAGCUAUAGGAUGUCAGCUGGGAGAGGACACGCACGGGCUUCGAGUGGUGGUGGUCACAGAGGAAAAGCUGGUUCACAGAUAUUACAGUUUAAAUGAACUGAGCAGCCAAGGCAUAGAGAAAGAGCUGCUGGAUGUGCUUGCUAAGCAAAAGUAAGCUGUAUCAAAGGGGUUUUUCCAUAUUAGAUAAAUAUAAAGAGUUUCAUGAAGUUUCCCCAAGCUGAAAUACAGAUUCCUGACUGCACCGUGUCCCAGAACAGCUCUCAAUUUGUUGUCCUCAAUAACAAGAAAGUUGUUGACGUGUUUUUCUUUUUGAAAAUGAGACCUGGGAGGUACAUGGAAGAAGAGCAGAGCUAAUAUGGUGAUGUGUCACUGAAAAGUACUGCUCUGAGAAUUCUCAUCUCAAAAAGGUUUGAAAUCAGCAGACUCCCACUGCCUUUAAGCAACCUCCAGAUCAUUCCGUGUUACCUCCGUGUCGGAUUUCCCCCCAUUUCCCAGGCUUUACUUUCUUAGCUCUUUGGAGCCAGCAGCAGUAGGAGAACAAACACAUUCUGCUUUGCAGUCACAGCUUGGGGUUCUGUUAUAUCCAUUAUAAGGUUUCAUAUAAUGUUACAUAGUUCUAUAGUUUGUGUUAUAUAGUUUUAUACAAUGAAAAGUCUAUAAAUGAGGCUAAUACAGACAUGCCACUGACAGCAGCUAAAUGUGAAACAACUAUUUUCAUUUUGAAAUUUAACUACCAUUCAAUUAGCAUAUAUUCUUGCUACAGAAGUUGGAAUAAUUGCAUGGGGAGAAUGUUCUGUACAGAACACUGUUGUCAGAAGUCAUUUUGUUGAAUCGUAGACAAGAGGAGAGCAUUGAUUUCCAAAUGCAAUGUAGAGUGCCUUCCUGUAGUAUUAGAGAAUAUUGAAAACCCUAAAAAAUAUAUUUUCUUCAUUGGAAUAAGUCAUUAAAAAUAAAUUCUGUAAAAGAAGUUUA